CGAUGAUACACACAGCGCUACCAAUGAGUAACUAUAUUAUAUAAGUGUUAUGAUAUUCAUUCCAAAUUAUGUAAACACAGUAUUAUUAUUAAACUAACAAUAACUCAAGGAGUUAAAAAGCGCACCUGCUAGCAUAUAUUGAAAGUAUUGAUAGAAAAACAACGUGUAGGCCUAAUACAAGUGAAGUGAGCUCAUUAGAUCCAGAAUUCAAGAAGUAGUGCACUUGUGUCUGAACGUAAACAAUAACUUCCUGUAAAAUUUUUAUUUGUUCGAGGUAUAUAUUGACAAAACGAUAUAAUAUGUAUACAUUUUAUUCACAAUAGCAAUUUUCCUACUGAACAAAAUCAUGUAGUAUGUACAACGUGUUCUGGGUAUUUUAUUUCGGGCAGUGCCAGUAAUUGCAUUUUCUUUAAAUCCGAAAUCAUCGGAAAUAUUGAAGAUUGGGUAAAAAUCAAAUACAUUGAGAUGUGCAAUUUCCUUCUGCGAAAAAAAAUCAUUUGCUAUCGUUUAGUGGUAUGCAGCUCAAACUAGACUGUACAGUGUACAGUCUCUGCUAGUGUGGGAAGGGGAGUGGUGCGCAUGCGCGUACAAGACGCGGAGAACCUUGGCACGUUUAUAAGAUUAGCAGGAGCCAGAGUUGAGUUAACUACAGCGAAGGACAGAUCAGGAAAGAGUGCACGGUGAUGGCAGCAGCUACAGAGUCAAAGCGAGUUGCGGUGGUGGGUGCCGGACCGGCGGGUCUGUGUGCCGCUAAACACUGCCGAGACGCAAGCUUUGACUGUACCGUGUUCGAGCAAUCCGGGUAUCUCGGUGGCACUUGGCUGUACACAGACUGUACACGCACUGACGAGUAUGGAGCUCCCAUCCACACGAGCAUGUACAGCAAUCUCAAAACUAAUUUGCCGAAAGAAGUUAUGAUGUUUCCCGGCAUACCAUACAAGAACGAAAAAGAUUCAUAUUUGACAUCAGAAGAAGUCUUGGAAUAUAUAAAUGAUUAUGCCGACAAAUUCCAACUUCGAAGUUUGUGCAAGUUCCAUCAUCUUGUGACGAAGAUCUGCCGGAGAGAAUCGGAAUGGGAAAUGACAGUAGAAGAUCUACAAAACAAGGCGUCUUGCACCUAUUAUUUCGAUAUUUUGUUCAUCUGUAACGGGGUAAACAAUACGCCUUUCACAGCCCACAUAGAGGGAGUGGAACACUUCAGGGGUUGUAGUAUGCACAGUCACGAGUACAGGAAGUCGGAGUCAUUUCUUGGCCAGCGGGUGCUUGUUGUAGGUGGCGGACCCUCAGGCAUGGACCUCACCGAGCAUAUAUCACGCUGUGCAGACAAGGUAUUCAUGUCACAUCACAGCAAGACUAUAAAGAACCUUCGCUUUCGAUCCAAUGUGGAGAUAAAACCCGAUGUCCGGCGUUUGUUGGAGCAUUCUGUAGAGUUCACAGAUGACUCGGUCGAGGACAUAGACACUUUGGUGUACUGCACAGGGUUCAGUAAGAACUAUAAAUUCCUGGACGAAUCAUGUGGGAUCACAGAGGACCAAGGACUCGUUUAUCCUCUGUACAAGCAUUGCAUCAACGCCAACCAUCCUUCCAUGUGUGUCUUGGGAAACCUGGUGUACAGCAUGCAGUUUCCUACUUUUGACAUACAGGUUCGCUUCUUCAUGAAAACACUAUCCAACAACAUUUUGCCAGGACAUAAAGAGAUGUUGGAGGACAUAAAAGAGAAUAUGGAUAGGAAGCUGGCGGAUGGAGCUUCGAAGAAGGCUUUCUUUCGUACUCGGACUGACGAAGACAGGAUCUACUUCAACCAGCUGGUGGAGUUGACAAAGAUAGAACCUAUACCGAGAGUCCUAACCAACAUCCAUGCUGACGCUGUUGUUCAACUACUUCAAAACUUUGGCCAGUUCCGCAACAAUAAGUACGAAAUCGUUGAUGAUGAAAAUUUCUUGUUCUACCCAGCUACUUCAGUUUAAACUGGAGAAUGUGUAGCUCUUGCUUAAUAUUGUUGAAUUUUCGUAUAAAUUGUGGAUUCAAGAAUUAUAGAUAAAACACAAAAAUAGAUAGAAAGUUAUAUUUGUAGUUAAAAUAUUGUCACUUUUCUACUGUGAACCUCAUUUAAUUAAAUGAACCAAUUAUGACAAGGUAAAUUGAUGUGACUAUUAUAAUAUAAUUGCAUAUUGUAUAAGUAGUACUAAUUAUCAAUAAAGUUGAGCUAUGUUCCAAAUUACAAGAUUAGGGCUUUGCAAAGUUAGUUUAAAUCGACUCAAUAUUUGUACGUAAUAUACAAACAAGAAAGCAAGUUAAUAGAACCUUUCGAACUACCAUUUGUACAUUCAUACAUCCAUGCUCUAUUUGUAUUAUUUUUAUCAGUGACAUCAGUCUACAAAAAAUAAUUAAUCAACUAGCUUGCAAUUAUAGCCUAUCAUUGCAGGUUAAACUAAAAUGUUAAAACUCUGUACGAAAUGAACCAAUCCAACAUAUGUGACGGCAGUCCAUUGCCAAUAUCCACCUGUAUGUAUCCAAUGCCAUAACCAUUCACUUUUUGAUAGAUAUAUUUUGAGAAUCGCAAUGAACUGAUGUGUACCAUUUCCAGUGCCGAUAUAGAUAGAUCUAUUAGAGGAAGAGUGUAACCGCAAAUUUUAACCCUCUACACCAACUUGUUCAUUAUACAAACAGAAAUCGGAUUUCGUCAUGAGCAGCUAGCGCGAGAACCUUUAAUAAUUGCUCAGCCAAAAAGAAUAAUAAGAGAAAAUAGCUGAAUUAAAGUUUAUUUUUUGGAAGGACAAAUUGAAGGGGAAUGUGCAGUAGUGUCAAGUCAUAUUAGUGACAAAAUAUAUUUUUUGUUUUAGUGUUGAAAAUUAUUGCAUUAAAAAUAUAUGUUUGAAAGUGGCAAAUUUGAAUAGUGUUGAAAAGUUAUAUAAACCUUAUUUUCGCGUCAGAAUAGUAUCGACUUGAAUUACUGUCAAAAAGUAGUCUUCACAGGACAACAAUACCUGAUGUUUGGCAUCAUUCAGUGGUUUAGUAUUAUAAUUAAUCAGCAAGUUAAUUUCAACGAUAUGUAUUUAGAAAUAUAAUUUUGGUUGUUUGACAAUUUGUUUUUGUUUUAAGGCCUUUAGUUCAUGUUUUAAUUGCUAUUUAUUCACCAUAGAAUAUAAAUGUUAUUAUAAGUUGAUAGUUUUAUUAUUUGUAUAGUUGUUCGUAUUAAAAUAUUUAUCAUAAGUGGCCCGAUUCCCUAUUAUCAGCAUAGUAAAAACUGGAUCAGCAAAACUAAAUGAUGCGACCAGGGACGUUUAUCCACUAAUUCAUCUUGAUUCUUUGUAUCUAAACGUUAAUCCUAUAUUAUUAGAUUUUGUUCAUAUCUCUAAGAGGUGAUUUCACAUUUUGGUUAUAAUGUAGUUGAAGAUGUGGUGCUCUUGAUAACAGAAAGUUUAGGAAUGUUAAGUGACAAGAGCGUUAAACUCUUGAGAAAUUCUUGUCUGAAAGUGAGCAAUAGAGACAGGUUCUCAUCACUUAAUGGAGAGAGGAGGAAAUUUGAUGAGAUGCUGGAAUUCACAAUCAAUAAAGAAAAAUCCAACAUAGAAUUGUCUUCUGAAGUAGGCCGGCUAAAAUUAGAUUUCAGUGUUUCAAUAAAAAAGAACAGACAAUGCCCAUUGCGCUUUGUUUGCAAUUCUCAGUUAAAAACUAAUUACAAAUUCUAUCCAGAAGCAUUGUUCUUUGCUCAAACUAUGGUUAUCUGAAACUCAAACAUUUGAAAAAAAAAAAAAUGUUCGGAAGAAUAAUUUUUACAAGUAUCUACCGGUAUAUGUUUUCUAUCCUUUAGUUCAACAACUUUUGUAAUAUUUUUAUGUUUUGUGGUAACUUUAAGAAUUUAAAUAAAAAAUUGUAAGUAAAACCAUUAGUUAUUUUCAGGUUUUAAAAUCUUAUACUAUAGUUGAUUUAAAGUAAUUUUUAAUCAAUAGUAAUCCAUACCAUAUUGCUAAAAUUAUAUGUCAUUACAGUAAAAAGAAAACUUUUUAUUGAUGUAGACUUACAAAUGCAAUUGUUUGUGGUAAUAGAAACGAUUUAAUUGUUUUGUAUUAAAUUAUUUAAAUGUACUGUGUUUAGCAGUAUGUCUAAUUUCCAGUUUCUGUUUAAGUGUUCUCAGAAUUAUACAGUUUUUAUACAUAAGUA